GCGCAAGGAUCUGUGCGGCAGGUGGGGACCGUGCUGCGGCUCUGCAGGGAUCACCUUGCUUGAGAAGCUGCCGGCUACUGUCAGACGACGACGGAGAGUGAGGAGAGAGGAGUGAGCUGUAAUUGUGCUGCCACACCCAGGUAUACAGGUCACCAUGUCUAAGUCCCAAACAUCAGAUGCCGGCAGUGCCUUUAUUCAGACACAGCAGCUGCAUGCCGCAAUGGCAGACACCUUCUUGGAUCACAUGUGCCGUCUGGACAUUGACUCUGAGCCCAUAGUAGCACGCAAUACUGGAAUUAUCUGUACCAUUGGGCCAGCAUCUCGCUCGGUGGAAAUACUGAAAGAAAUGAUAAAAUCGGGAAUGAACGUCGCUCGUCUGAACUUUUCCCAUGGGACACAUGAGUACCAUGCAGGCACCAUCACGAAUGUCCGAGAAGCCACAGAGAGCUUUUCUUCUAACCCCAUCCUGUAUAGACCAGUGGCUGUGGCAUUAGACACCAAGGGACCAGAAAUUCGCACUGGGCUUAUCAAAGGAAGUGGCACUGCAGAGGUCGAACUGAAGAAAGGGGCCACCCUUAAAGUGACCCUUGAUGAUGCCUACCAGGAAAAAUGUGAUGAAAAUGUUCUGUGGGUUGAUUACAAGAAUCUAAUCAAAGUGGUGCAGCCCGGCAGCAAGAUAUAUAUAGAUGAUGGACUCAUUUCUCUGCUUGUUAAAGAGCUUGGCCCUGACUACUGUUUGACUGAGGUAGAAAAUGGAGGAUCACUCGGUAGCAAAAAGGGAGUUAACCUACCAGGAGCUGCAGUAGACUUGCCAGCUGUGUCAGGCAAGGACGUCCAGGAUCUUAAGUUUGGAGUUGAGCAGGGAGUAGACAUGGUUUUUGCGUCCUUUAUCCGCAAGGCAUCUGAUGUCCAUGCUGUGCGAGAAGUUUUGGGAGAGAAAGGAAAGAACAUCAAAAUUAUAAGCAAGAUAGAGAACCAUGAAGGAGUACGAAGAUUUGAUGAAAUAUUAGAUGCUAGUGAUGGUAUUAUGGUCGCCCGUGGAGAUCUUGGUAUUGAGAUCCCAGCAGAAAAAGUAUUCCUUGCUCAGAAGAUGAUGAUUGGCCGGUGCAAUCGUGCUGGAAAACCAGUGAUCUGUGCCACACAGAUGCUGGAGAGUAUGAUCAAAAAGCCACGGCCAACUCGUGCUGAAGGCAGUGAUGUUGCCAACGCAGUCCUGGAUGGGGCAGACUGUAUCAUGCUUUCUGGGGAAACCGCUAAGGGAGACUACCCACUGGAGGCAGUGCGCAUGCAGCACGCUAUCGCUCGCGAGGCGGAGGCAGCCAUUUACCACAGACAGCUGUUUGAAGAGCUGAGACGCGUGUCGCCGUUGACCCAGGAUCCAACAGAAGCGACUGCUGUUGGAGCAGUGGAGGCAUCAUUCAAGUGCUGUAGUGGAGCAAUCAUCGUCCUUACCAAAUCUGGCAGGUCUGCACACCUGGUAUCUCGGUAUCGUCCACGUGCUCCAAUUAUAGCUGUGACCCGUAAUGGACAAACUGCACGGCAGGCACAUCUCUACCGUGGCAUCUUUCCUGUACUAUACAAAGAGCCAAUACAUGAGGCCUGGGCAGAAGAUGUAGAUCGUAGGGUCAGCUUUGCUAUGGAUAUUGGUAAAGCCCGUGGUUUCUUUAAGACUGGUAAUGUUGUCAUCGUACUAACUGGCUGGCAGCCAGGUUCUGGUUUCACCAACACCAUGAGGGUGGUCCCAGUUCCUUAAAUGUUACCAUAUUCCAGCAGCUCUCGCUCACCCUCUCCUUUUUUCUUUAAAGUACAUGCUGGCAGCCACCAUAAGCCCAUUUCUUUGUGUGGGACAGGCAGUACUGCGUGUGUAAAUGGCACUGUUCUGCUGCUAGUUAUACUCCCUUUAGUAAUUAUUAGAAGUGCUGCACUCCAUGGGAAAAGAUUUAGUGCUAUUUGUGCUCACACUCCUUCAACUGUCCCAUACCACAGUGUGCUGUAAGAGUGUCCUUUGUGUCGUCUAUGAGCCGCUGUGUAGCUUGUGGUGUGGUAAUGGGUAUGUUCAUAUCCGAAAUUGUUGACGACUUGCCGACAGUGUGCUCAAUUUAGUGUUAAAUAAAGCCACGCUAAUAAGCA